AAUAUUAUUUCACCACAACUCAGGGAAGUGAACAAAGUUCCCCAAAACUCAGGGAAGUGAUCAGACGACACACAUGUGCACCAAAAUCUCCUUAAUGAGGAAGAGGUGUAGUACAGGCAGCUGAUAAAUCUAAUCAUAAAUAUAUAUCAUGGUCCGACGCAGAUGGGUCUAGCACUAAACAUUAUCUUGUGUGACAUCACAAUCGGCGACUUCACCGGCUGGCUUAGUGUUUGCUACAGGUGAGGCCUUCUCUGAUCAAACUAGCUGUGAGUAAAAGAAACAAGAGAAAAACCUGAACUGAACCGAUAACUGAUUGAUAACUUCAAUAAUUUACGGUAAGUGUUUAACCUAGAUUUGAUUUGGCAAAAAACAAUGAUUCUGAUUCUGAGAGUAAAACCGAGUUUCCUGUGUGCUGAAGACAUUUCCAGGAAUUACGCGCUAAGAUCUUAUGAUUAAUUUUUUUUGUUUUAUUGGGUCGGGGGUUCAAGUCUCACCUCCUGUCGGUGUGUAUGUGGAGUUUGUAUAUUCUCCUCCCACAUCCCGGAGACAUGGGCUGACUGACAUUAACUCAAUGUCCGUAGUGUAUGAUUAAGUGUGUGUGCACCUGUAGGUUGCCAAAAGGUUGGGAGCCUCAGCAACACAACGUCUCCCUAGAGCAAUGAUCAUUGGUGUGAAGGGUCACUGCAGCCGCCAGCCAGUGUUCAGUGACUUUUAAAAGGGGGAGUCAAACAUCAUGGACAUGGUCUCUACAUCUGAGGACUACAGCAAUAGAGCUAAAGAACACCUGGCUUUUUCAUUCCUGACUGAGGAGGUAACAUCACGAUACGCCAUAGGAGCUCUACUGGGACGUGGAGGUUUUGGUGCUGUUUUUGCAGGAGUUCGGAAAGCAGAUGCCAGAGAGGUCUCUGUAAAAUUUUUCAAAAACGAUCCGUACUUUGGCAUGAUGACCAUGCCCGGAGAGACAGGUGUCCUCCCUAUAGAGGUGGGACUAAUGGAGUUGGUAUCCAAACCAUUUCCCAGUCCAUAUGUUCUGGAGCUGCUGGAAUGGUUUGAGAUACCCAACUUCAUUGUCCUGAUCCUGGAGCGACCCAGCCCCUGCGUGGACCUUGCAGACUUCUGUGAUUUUUACAAUGGUAAGCUGCCUGAAGCCCUGGCUCGAGACAUCAUGCUACAGUUGGUUCAGGCAGCUUAUCAUUGCUCCAACUGUGGAGUGUUUCACAACGACAUCAAGCCCGGGAAUGUUCUCAUAAACAUAGAGACUAUGCAAAUUAAAUUAUUCGAUUUUGGCUCUGGAAAACUGCUUAAGGAUGAACCCUAUAACUAUAGCACUAGCACUCCAGUCUACAGCCCUCCUGAAUAUUUUAAACAUAACCAGUACAGAGGUUGUCCUGCUACCAUCUGGUCUCUCGGUCUAGUACUAUACAUACUCGUCUUUGGAGACAUACCCUUUAAGUCAUGGGAGGAAAUUAUUCAAGGGCACCUGCACUUCCCUUCUGGUAUUUCUAAAGAUUGCUGCAAGCUGAUAUCAUGGUGUCUAAAACAAAACCCCAAAUCGAGGCCAAGUUUCAGGCAAAUCCUCAGGCACAGGUGGUUUAGUGCAGGAAAGAGCCGUGUCCAGAAACUUCCCGUCAUUGGGAGCCUGGUAACCCGUAUAACCCAGGUUUUUAGCAAUACAUAAAAAUAUAGACAUUCAGUUACUCAGCAUGUUGAACCACUCUGCGGAACCUGAAGGGAAAGUGAAGAUAUAUUAUAAAUUUGUGGAGCCAGAAUUACAUCGAUUGCACUGAUCUCAGAUGCUUUGGUGAGGCUAGCUAUCAUAGCACAGUUUUCAAUCACCGGUGCUAUCAGUGUCGAUUAUAUCAGCUUUAGCUAACUUACCUACGAAAAGGAUAAAAAAGAACACUUUAAGGUUAAUGUGAAGUGAAUAAAACAUAUUUAGAGGAAUUUGCACAGGAGUGAAUUGCUAGCACGACUGCUUAGACUGCCAGCUUGCCAUCUACAGUAAGUGGCAUGCUCUUUAACUACAGCAAAGAAUUAGAGCGUAGUUAAUCGCGUUAUCAAUAUCGUAUUGUAGUCAAUAUCGUACACAGAACUGGGAGGAAUUGGGACAAUAAAAACAGAUACCAUCAUCCUGUUUACUCAAAAACGGGUGAAGGAGAAAAUCUGGAGACAGAGACUCCACUUUGCAAGAAUAAAGGUGUUGCAGAAGUGCUACUGUACCCCAUGAAAAUUUAGAGAAAAGGAGAUUGUGGCCCCAGAUUAAGCAGGCAAGGAAAGCUGGGAAAAUCUACUGAUGUGAAUGAAACUUUUUGGACUAAUCAUUGAGGCGACAGGAUUCUUUUCAGCCACAACUUAAACUGUUCUGGAGGUGUGACUGUAUGCUUCAACAAAUGCCCAGGUGAAAUUAUCACAUCAAUACUGGCUUACUGUGGUGUUGAAGGUUGAAAGUCUGUUUUUAUUAUUAGUAAUAUCUAUGGUUAUAAUAAUGAUGCAAAAAGCAAACAAUUGUUGGAAAGUCUAAUAAAUUUUCUCUUCUGUGAUCUUAAAAUCUUAAAACCAGUACAUCUGUCUUGUCAGAAUUAAGUAAGAGGACGUCUAAUGUCCUUCGCACAUUCUCCAACUUUAUUUAGCUAGCAUCUAAAUCAUCUGGCUUCACUUCACUUUAGUACAGGUACAAUAAUCACAUUUACAUCUAUCUAUAAAUUGAUAGCGAUUAGUCAAAUAAGACCUGAGCCAGGAGAGAGCUGUUCCUUUAACUCCUGCAACAUUUUCUAAUCUAUUAAUGAGAACAGUAUGAUCAAUGGAGUCAAAAGCUGCACUGAGGUCAAGCAACACAAGCAAGGAAACACAACCCUGAUCCGAGGUCAUUUACCGCUUUAACCAGUGCUGUCGCUGAUCUAUGAUGACAAUCCUGACAAAUACAUUUUAUGAAUGUUAAUUCGUGUGUAGGUGUAUGAACAUAACUGCUGUGCCUUAACCUUUUUCAGGAACUUUGGGAUAAAAGAGUGGUUUGAUAUUUGGUAUAUUAUUAUUUUUCUUUAAUUAGAGCUACGUUAUCUAGAGUAUGAUGGAACGCUGACUGUAAACAUUCGGUCACCUGAUCGAGUUCUGUGGGUCGGACAGUGAUCCAGUCAUAGGUGAUAACUCUGAGAGAUUACUGUUAAAACUCUGCAAUAGUUAAUGUGAAUUGAAUGUGGUU